AUGGAUAGCUUAUUUAUCGUGAAAAAUAAUGCGAUCUCGUUAAAAAUGGUUGUGGCAAGAAAGGAGAAGCGACUUCCUACCAUAGUAUGGGCGACGUGCUUCUUCAAUGAUACCACCGUCGCAAGCGGUGAUUCUCGAGGGAUCAUAUCGUUUUGGAAUUUUCAUAAUGGAGCAUUGUUAGCGAGCUUAGAGACUCAUCAAUCAGACAUUUUGUGCCUCGUAUUGUGUGAUGACCGCAUACAUGCUGCAGGUGUAGAUCCGAGGAUUAUUAGCGUUAGGCGAAUUAGUGGAAAUGAUUUUCGCAUCGUGCAAAAGCGUAACGGUCCUGUGCGUGAUGUGAGAGCUAUGGCUUGCUUCGAUGAUAAGAUUUAUGCCGCUGGAGAAGAUCAUGCCAUUUACGUAGCGAAAGAUGGUUGUCAGGUUCUCCUAAGCCAAUGGAAUAAAUUGCUUACGUUUGGCGGAAACUUUGUGAUGUCGCGUGGCCACUGUUUUGUCGAUCUGUGGACUAAUGGGGUUGAUGAGCAGUCAAGCAACAAAGGAUCUUUCAUAGUCAAGAAGCAACCAGUUUAUCUGGCGCGAAUCUAUUGUCCGGAAAAGAAACCCCUUGUGGCAAGGUAAGU